AUGCGGAAGAAAACGCUCCGCAAAUGUGCUGCCCUGGCAGCUAACAAGAUCAAAAACAUGUCCGAUGUAGAAAACAGCGCCUCCACUUCAGACAGCGACUGCAGCGCGAGCAAAAACAGCAGAACACUGCCCCAGCGGUCAGCAGCAGAAAGAGCUAAGAAACGGCUCCUCCACAACAGUGAGGAGGAGGUAAGCUUAAGAAGCGACAGCGAGAGGGAACUUCCAGUGCUAAAAGCAGCAAAGUCUCAGUCUCCGGAAUGCAGAGUCGUUCUAACCAAUGUUUGUUCAAGCGGCACAUUUGGGGGUAGAUUAUAUCCUCAGCCCCGCAAUGGGGAAGUGUCAGAUUCAGAAAAUGAAUCGCCUGAAAGAAAAGGACCGAAAAAAACCACCUCUCCUCCGUGUGUGAGAAAACAAAGGUUAAUAAGCGAUUCUAAUGACUCCUUGGUCUCCAGCUCUGUUGAGAGUUCCCGUUCCCCGCCCGGUAAUGUAAAUGGCAUUUCCUCCGACUCUGAGUCCUCCCUCACAGGUGACAGCGAGGAGACCCGUAACAAAGUGUGUGUGGCGGGCAGAUCCAGGGGUCAGGAUCACAAGAGGAAGCGCAUCCUCAGCAGCUGCGAUGAGGACUGGCAGGAAGAGGAGAGCACGCGUAUCCGCAAAUUAACCCGCCGCUCAAAAAUCCGCACAUUAACCCGCCGCUCAAAUAUCCGCACAAGAAACCAAGGGAAAAGGACAGUACGGUAUGACGAGAACCCAGCUCAAAGUGACGAAAACUUGAGCGGCGCGCAGUCUCAAGCCUCUCCUCUUCACAGGCUUUCCCUUCGCGACAGGGCGAGGCAGUUCAUACACUAA